AUGUUUGAUAAAGGAGAGGUGAUCCAGCAAAAGCCCUCCCGAAAGAAAGAAAAGGCAAAUAAAGACAAAGAGGCCAACACUGAUCGCAUAACUAAUGACAAAAAUCCAAGCAAUAAUGGGCAGAUUAACAACGGCAAAAAUGAAGAGGCCGGGCCACCCCUCUCCACGCCUCCGCUCCACGGCAGCUCCAGAGGACAGAGUAUAACCUCUCAUCACUCUUCUGGGCUCCUGGAGUUUCCAGCACAGGAAACAGUGGAAGAUCUCAAAGGUGUCAUACUGUCAGAUGACCAACCCAUUGCGCCAGUGUCAUCUACCUCACCUGGUAUCAAAACGGAAAGCUUACCUGCUUCGAAAAUCUCCGUGCUGGAAACCACGACCACAUCAGCAAUACCAAUGAGACCAGUCAUGGCAGAAACUCUCAUCGAUGAUAAAGGGAAGGAAAGGAGAGGCAAGGGGCAGCCCCCUUUCCACCACAGAUCUGAGGGUGGCUUGGUGGAUAAAGAGACCAUGAAGAGGUUUCCCCACCUGUCUUUGUCUCAGUAUGACUUACUAGAGACCGACAUUUCCUUCCACCCUUGGGGGAGUGAGAAUUCAGUCCUGAUUCCAGAACCUGGGAACUAUGCCCAGGGCUCCAUAAGGGAACAGUUGCCAAGCAAGUCGCUUCAGGACAGCCUGAGCAGUAGCUGCCCACAGUGUGACACGGUCAUCGCCAAUCCCAGGUGUGAGCAGCUGGACACUUGCCAGCAGGUAGGGCCACCCUUGGGUCAGGACAUGGACUACUCAGAUAGCGAGGUCGCCGUCACGCUUAUAGAUACUUCUCAACCCGGAGACCCACGGAGUCUGCACGAACCCAUUAAGAUCGUCAUCACCAUGAGCAGUACCCCCACCUCCAUGACGGACUUGGAAAGCUCGCUCCACCUGAAGGUGAUUGGCACUGAGCGAACUGGGAUUAAGUCUGAUGCUGAGCCAGCUACCCCCGGGGCAGCCGGUCCUCCAGAUGUGGAGCAGAUAAGAAUUCCUGUCAUCACCCUCGAGCUGUCUGAGGAUGAGGGAGGGGGCGGCAUGUGUCCUGAAAGCAAUGGAAGUGACAGGACCCCAGAGAGACUGAUGGUGGAGGCAUCAUCCAAUCAGUGUUCUGGCUAUGAAUCUGGGGAGGGAGGAAUCGCCACCAAGGAUGGCAGCCCUUCCCCAAGAGACCACUGUGGGACAACUCCCCCCCACACACCUCAUGCGGUCUCCGUGUCGGAGGUGGGAGUGGAAGGCCAGGCUCACCUUGACCCAUCAUCCUGUAGAACCAGCCAGGAGAAGAGACAUGCUCGUGUCCUCAGUGUAGACAGUGGGACUGAUGUCUUCUUAAGCAAGAGUUCUGCAGAAAUUAUUCACGACAAAGAGAAAACGAUACCAACAUCCAAAUCUGACCUCGAGGCCAAGGAAGGGCAAAUACCAAAUGAGUCCAACUUCCUGGAAUUUGUCUCCCUGUUAGAAUCCAUUAACACUUCCAAGGUGGUGGCGUCUGGCCAAAGGAACGAGCCAGCUGAGCAGAAGAAAGACAGUGAGCUUCUCGGAGAUAACUAUUCCCAGGAGAAAAAGGAGGAAAUCCUGGAAAGUGAGAAACCCAGUGGAUGCUAUGCCAGGCAAGGGAAACCAGACAUGCAAAGUCAAGACCAUACCAGCACCAGCCCUGGACUCACUGAGCCCACCAAGAUCCCAACCUUUUUCCAGGGCAAUAGACAAAGGCAGAUAAUCUACAGGGUCACUUCCCAACAAGAUAGUUCUGUGUUGCAAGUCAUCAGUGGGCCUGAAACAUCUGUGCAAGAUGAGAUGUCUGUGGACGCCAUGCAUGUCUUCAUUGAUGAACACGGAGAAAUUAAAUCCUGUUAUUUAAAGUCCGGAAAUCAGAAAGAAGGUCCUUUCCAGCAUCAGCCAUCAAAUUAUGACGGCUUCUCUCAUGCUCGGGACAUCCAGAUCAGCUCCUCCAGCACCACGACUUCCGAGAGUCAAGAACCUUCUUCUGGGGACCCUGCAGUCAGUGCUCUUCAGCAACAGCUAUUACUGAUGGUGACUCGAAGGACGCAGCCAGAAACCCCACGGCAUCUGAGUCAGGAUCUGGAAGACUCAUCAUCUUCUUCCACACCAGGGAAGUUUAACCGAGAGCAGUUUUACAAGUUUAUCAUUUUCCCAGGCAAGUGGAUUAAGGUCUGGUACGAUCGCCUUACCUUGUUGGCGUUACUUGAUCGAACUGAAGAUGUCAAGGAAAACGUGCUGGCGGUUUUACUCAUCGUCCUGGUUUCCCUGCUUGGAUUUCUGACCUUGAACCGAGGCUUUUGCAAAGACAUGUGGGCGCUCCUCUUCUGCCUUGUCAUGGCCAGCUGCCAGUAUUCCCUGUUAAAGAGCGUCCAGCCUGACCCCGCCUCGCCCAUCCAUGGGCACAACCAAAUCAUAACGUAUAGCCGACCAGUCUAUUUUUGUGUGCUGUGUGGCCUUAUUUUGCUUCUCGAUAUAGGGGCCAAAGCCAGGCACCCUCCCACGUACGUGGUCUAUGGCCUGAAGCUCUUCUCCCCGCGGUCCCUCCAGUCAGCUAGGGACCUCUUAAUAGUAUUUCUCUAUUGCUUUCCUGCAAUUUCCCUCCUUGGACUCUUCCCGCAGAUCAACACUUUCUGCAUUUAUCUUUUGGAGCAAAUUGACAUGCUGUUUUUUGGAGGUUCUGCCGUCUCGGGGAUGCUGUCUGCAGUUUACAGUGUUGUGCGGAGUGCCUCUGCAGCGGCCGUGCUGCACGUGUUCUGUUUCAGCGCCGUGAAGGAACCAUGGAGCACCCAGCACAUCCCGGCGCUGUUUUCAGCCUUCUGCGGUCUCCUGGUGGCACUUUCCUACCAUCUGAGCAGACAGAGCAGCGACCCUUCUGUGCUUCUGUCCCUUCUUCAGUGCAGAUUGUUUCAUAAAUUUUUACAUCAAAAUCUAGAAGAGCUGGCUGCAGAUCCUCUCCCCAGGAAGAUGAAGGAAUCUGUGAAGGAUAUCCUGAAAUCAGAUCUGGUCAUCUGCUCCCUGGCUGCCGUUCUGUCCUUUGCAGUCAGUGCCAGCACCGUGUUCCUGUCCUUGCGUCCAUUUCUCAGUGUCGUGCUGUUUGCCCUGGCUGGUGCUGUGGGGUUUGUAACCCACUACAUGCUCCCCCAGCUGCGCAAGCACCACCCGUGGAUGUGGAUUUCACACCCCAUCCUUAAAAACAAAGAGUAUCAGCAACGGGAAGUGACAGAUGUUGCCCAUUUAAUGUGGUUUGAAAAACUCUAUGUCUGGCUUCAGUGUUUUGAAAAAUAUGUCUUGUACCCAGCAAUAAUUUUGAACGCUCUCACCCUUGAUGCCUUUUCAAUAAGCAAUUACCGGAGACUUGGUACCCACUGGGACAUCUUCCUGAUGGUCAUCGCUGGGAUGAAGCUGCUGCGGACCUCGUUCUGUAACCCCGUCCACCAGUUUACCCACCUGGGCUUCACCGUGAUCUUCUUCCACUUCGACUACAAAGAUAUUUCAGAGAGUUUCUUACUGGAUUUCUUCAUGGUGUCCAUUUUAUUUAGCAAGCUCGGGGACCUGCUUCAGAAGCUACAGUUCGUCAUGACAUAUGUGGCUCCCUGGCAGAUGGCCUGGGGCUCCUCCUUUCACGUGUUUGCUCAGCUCUUCGCAAUCCCUCAUUCUGCCAUGCUUUUCUUUCAGACGUUCGCCACGUCAAUCUUUUCUACUCCAUUGAGCCCCUUUCUUGGGAGUGUCAUCUUUAUCACAUCAUAUGUCAGGCCUGUGAAAUUCUGGGAGAAAAACUACAAUACAAGGCGUGUGGAUAAUUCCAACACGAGGCUGGUGGUCCAGAUUGAAAAGGAUCCAGGGAACAAUGACAACAACCUCAAUUCCAUUUUUUACGAACACCUGACAAGGGCCCUGCAGGAGUCCCUCUGUGGAGACCUGGUCCUUGGGCGAUGGGGUAACUACAAUUCCGGCGAUUGCUUUAUUUUGGCUUCAGAUUAUCUCAAUGCUUUCGUGCACCUGAUUGAAAUCGGCAAUGGUCUUGUCACCUUUCAGCUUCGAGGACUGGAAUUCCGAGGAACCUACUGCCAGCAGCGGGAGGUAGAAGCCAUCAUGGAGGGUGACGAGGACGACAGAGGCUGCUGUUGCUGCCAACCUGGUCACCUGCCCCACCUGUUGUCCUGCAAUGCCGCCUUUAACCUCCGCUGGCUUACCUGGGAGAUCACACGUACACAGUACAUCCUGGAGGGUUACAGCAUCAUGGACAACAACGCGGCCACCAUGCUGCAGGUCUUUGACCUCCGGAGGAUCCUCAUCCGAUAUUACAUCAAGAGUAUAAUAUACUAUAUGGUGACGUCCCCCAAACUCCUCUCCUGGAUCAAAAAUGAGUCACUUCUGAAGUCGCUGCAGCCCUUCACCAAGUGGCAUUACAUCGAGCGUGACCUCGCCAUGUUCAAUAUGAACAUUGACGAUGACUACGUUCCAUGUCUCCAGGGAAUAACGAGAGCCAGUUACUGUAACGUUUACCUAGAGUGGAUUCAAUACUGUGCACACAAAAGGCAAGAGCCCUCGAAGAACCUGGACAGUGAUGAGGACUCUCCUCUGGUGACCUUGUCCUUUGCGCUCUGCAUCCUGGGGAGAAGAGCCCUGGGCACCGCCGCCCACAACAUGGCCAUCAGUCUGGACUCCUUCCUGUAUGGCCUCCACGCCCUCUUCAAAGGUGACUUCAGAAUUACAGCCCGAGAUGAGUGGGUGUUUGCAGACAUCGACCUGCUGCACAAAGUCGUUGCCCCAGCUCUCAAGAUGUCCCUGAAGCUGCACCAGGACCAGUUCACUUGCCCAGACGAGUAUGAAGACCCGGCUGUGCUCUAUGAGGCCAUCCAGUCCUUUGAAAGGAAAGUGGUGAUCUGCCACGAGGGUGACCCUGCCUGGCGGGGCGCCGUGCUGGCCAACAAGGAGGAGCUGCUGACCCUGCGGCAUGUGGUGGAUGAGGGCGCAGACGAGUACAAGGUCAUCAUGCUCCACAGAAGCUUCCUGAGCUUCAAGGUGAUCAAGGUGAACAGGGAGUGUGUCCGAGGACUGUGGGCGGGGCAGCAGCAAGAGCUCAUCUUCCUCCGCAACCGUAACCCUGAGCGCGGCAGCAUCCAGAACAACAAGCAGGUCCUCCGAAACCUAAUUAAUUCCUCCUGUGACCAGCCCCUGGGCUACCCCAUGUACGUCUCCCCGCUAACCACAUCCUACCUAGGGACCCACAGGCAGCUGAAGAGCGUGUGGAGCGGACCCGUCACUUGGGAUGGCAUCAGGGCAUGGUUCCGAACCAAGUGGUUAAGGAUGCGGAAGGAGUGUGAUGCGGGAACGCAGGGCGCUGGCCACAUUGAGGAUGUGGACGGAGGGGGCGCUUGGCCCUCAGGCGGCAGCAGUGCCCCCAGUGGUGAGAGCCGGGAGAGCAGCUCAGAACAGCCCAGAAAGGAAGGGGCCCGCCACUGGUCGCCCUGUGAAGGGCCACGGAGGGCAGGCAGGAGGAAAGGCAGGAGUCAGUCGGUCCAGGCCCAUAGGGCCUUAAGCCAAACGCCGCCUGCCCCGCGCUCGGCCGGCCCUGUGGUGGACAGCCACCCGGCCUUCCUGCAGACGUCCACGUCAGUCCACGAGCUGGCCCAGCGGCUCUCAGGCAGCCGGCUAUCCCUGCGCACCUCGGCGGCAUCCCUGCACUCCCAGCCCCCACCCGUCAUCACCACCGGCCACCUGAGCGUCCGUGAGCGGGCCGAGGCCCUGCUCCGGUCCAGCCUGGGCUCGUCCACCAGCUCCACCCUGAGUUUCCUCUUUGGCAAGAGGAGCUUCUCGAGUGCCCUGGUCAUUUCUGGACUCUCUGCCGCAGAGGGGGGCAACACCAGUGACACCCAGUCAUCCAGCAGCGUCAACAUCACCAUGGGCCCCUCGGCCAGGGCCACCAGCCAGCCCACCAGGCACUUCUCUGAGCCGUGUGAACCCACAGAGACCACGGAGCAGGGGCCACUUGGAGACCGCCCUCUGGCUGAGAGCCUGGGAGUGAUGUGCAGAAGAGCAAGCCAGGAGGACAUGGGCCUGGAUGACACGGCCUCCCAGCAGAGUGCUUCCGAUGAGCAGUAGUGGCGCUGGGGCUGGAGGAGCCAUGCGGUUGGGUGGAGAGAUGGAACCCCCCACGGUGUCUCCCCGGAGCUCCCCAAACCUAACAGAGCAAAGCCUGCAAGCCAGGAGACCCGUCCUGUGGGAGUUGAGAGCAUGUAGAAAACACAAGAACUUGAUCUCAGGUUGCUGAAAGAUAUCUCACGGGAUGACGACAAACCUUGACACCACAUGCCUCCCUCCCGCCUCCCAUGGCCCCAGAGUGGUGGGGCACGGGAGGCACAAUUACCAGAACUGGAAAAUUCAAACAAAAGCCAUGUAACAUCUUAAGACAACUCAAGUAGAGCACAUACAUAACGCCUUCUGCCCUGAUGACGAGACAGCUGCAUGUUCCACGAUCGGCAUUUUACACGUCACUGUUACCGUGACCGUCAGCGGACAGCAGCGUGCAUCACACCGCCAGCUGGUCCAAUCCACAUAUAGAGAAAAAUCACACUUUAUAAUAUUUAUGCAGAUGUUAAGUAUAAACCAGUGACAGCUUUACUGUGCGAAACGUGAUAACGCAUGCAGUCACGUCCAAAGCAUCCUGGGAAAGGAGCCGACGGUCCUCAGCCAUGUGAGUGCAGAGAUCAAGGCAGGCGCGUGGAGGGCCAACUGGAAUGAUGCUCACUGCAGCCACAGCCACUUCCUGCAGGAAGCCAGGCCCUGUCUCGCCUCGCGCUCCUGUGUGCUUGCUUUCAAGCCACACCGUCCUUAUGGUGUCACAGAACACACGCACAUGCCUUUGUUUUUGGAAUUAAAAUGUUUAUAAUUA